AUGGCCAAGGGAAGCUGUCUCUGCCAGGGCGUUGAGAUCACCACGAGCAUCGAGCCCAAGGCGACCGUCGCCUGCAGCUGCACGAGCUGCCAAGCUUGCUCGGCUGCUCCCUUUACCAUCAACCUCGUGUAUCCCAAGGACACCCUCGAAAUAACCAAGGGCAAGGAACACGUCAAGAUCUUCAAAGAAAGAGCAGACUCUGGAAACGAUGUCUUCCGCCACUUCUGUGAUACUUGUGGUAAUGCCAUUUACACCCAAACCGUCGACGGCACUUUCUUUGUCAAGGCGCCUGUCAUGAAGGGCCUUCACAACGAUCCAGUAAUGCACAUUUUCACCAGAAAUCUGCCUGCAUGGGCCGAGGAUGUCAAGACGGGCGACCGCAAGAAGGAUGGCGCCUCCUCAUAA